AUGCCAGCUCCCUGCCCAGCGACCAUUCCAGACGGCUAUUUAUUAACUUUAGACAUUAUUGGAGGAGGUUCGCUUUCAAUGAAUUUUCUAGCGAUGUAUAUGAUUUGGUUCCAGUCGCCUGGCAUGCAUGGUUAUAAAUAUUGCCUUACUUAUAUGCAGUUCGCCUCCUUCCUAGUGGAAUUCAAUCUAACUGUGCUGGUCCCGGCCUAUUAUUUUUUCCCACUGACAGGCGGAAUCGCGGUUGGAGAAGUUGUCCGUAAAUACAUUAGCAAUCAUAUGGGCCUUACCAUAUGGAUGUUUAUGUUCUGUUUCGUACUUCCGGCUAGUCUAUCGUGUUUUAUCUAUAGGCAUACUGCAGCUUCACAAAUUCAGAAUAACGCAAGUAAAUUUCAUCUCAAAAAGCUUGUGAUGAUAUUAACUCACAUUUUUCCAUUUCUCACUGCACUUGGCACCUGGAAUUGUCAAAUGACUUUUGAUCAGAAAUAUGAAUAUGUGCGGAAAAAUUAUCCUCAAUGCCUGUUUUGGUUAGAGUUUGACAGGUUUGAGGCAUAUGACUAUCAGGUGAACCCAUGGAUUGUCCGGACUGCAUGUGCGGCGAUUGGAUUUUUAAUGAUAAGUACAUGCUACGGAAUAUGGCUUGGCGUCCAUACAAUGGUUAUCCUCCAACGCCUCCGCGGACACAUGUCAGUGCAGACCUACCAGAUGCACCUAACCGCUUUAAUAAGCUUGGGACUGCAAAUGGCCACCCCCACGGUAUUUAUUCUUCCCGUUUAUAUGUUCGUAGCAGUGAUUGUCACUGACGCUGUUGACAUGCAAAGAAUAGUAUCCUGGGCGCCAUGUCUAAUGUCAACACAUUCAAUGUUGCUAGUCACUGUGAUGAUAAUGAGCAAUGCGUCUUACCGCAAAGUUUUGAAAGAUAAGAUAUGGAAUGUGUUAGGACUAACGAGGCUUACUGGGAGUCACAUUGGAAGUGAAGUGGAGCCGAGUAUUAGGACCUCUAACAAUUUAAUUGGCUCCCGUCCGGUUUCGUAA